GUAAACUCUGAGGCUGAGCUACUAUUCACAGGUCUGCACAAGACAAGGCACGGAUUGGUUGAGAAGCUUCCCAAGUUCUUUACUUUCCCAAGUUUCUGACUUUCACUGCUGCUCAGCGCCUGUGAUCCAGGAUGGAAUUCAAAGAACUAGGUGGUGAUGACAUCUCCGAAGGAGAGACGGAGGAUUUAGACAGCGUUAAGGCGCUCACUGAAAAACUUAAAUUGCAAACACGUAGACCAUCAUAUUUUGAGUGGAAGGAACGAUUGGAAAGCCGGCCUUGGAAAGAGAACGCAGACGUUUCAAACAGUGAAGAUACGGACGAGCAACCAAGCCCGAUUGAAGUUUCCAUAGAUGAGAAUUCAGAUCCAACUGUUCGGAAUAUUUGUGGUUUUGAAACUAUCGACGAUGCCUUGUCUUGGCUUCGGAGUGAACUGAGGGAGAUGCAGCUUCAGGAUAACCGGCUGGCCCGGCAGCUUAUCCGCCUGCGAGCGGAGAUCCACCGCAUCAAGGUGGAGCAGGUGUGCCACCGGCACAAGGAGAUGCUGGACGACGCCACCUACGAGCUGGAGGAGUGCGGCGAGGAGUCCGACCUGCUGUGCGACAUCCCCAUGAAGGCCGCCUUCGCCCUGUCCACGCCACUCAAGCACCUGGGCCUCACCAAGAUGAACAUCAACUCUCGCCGAUUCUCCCUCUGUUGAGUGAGGUCGACUCUGUUGACGACUCAAAAAAACCAAAACUCUUUUUGCUCUGUGCAGGCUAUGUGUUGUGUGCUUGGCUGCAUGUGGUAGGUAAGCAUAAAACACAUAAAGGAUCAAUGGACCGAUGACAAAUUGAACAGGAAUUGAAGAGCCAUAUACACCAUUGAUUUGAGUCGAGCCCUGUUAUGGGAUACUGUUGGUUGCUGAAGAGGUUUUGGCUCAGAUUCUGUCCUUCCGCAGGGCUCCAGUGUCAGAUUGCACAGAUGAGGACAGACUACAGUAGUUGCUCCACAGUAAUACAAGUUUGGAGAAACAUAUCAGGUCUCACACCACCCCUAUAACUGCUUCACCUAAACACCUAUCAGGUUUAAGCAACUCACUUGUACUGAAAUACAAACUCCAGGUGUCAUAAAGCACAAUGACAUCCCUAGCAAGCAAAAAAAAUAUAUAACUGCCACUCAUCAUAAAAAAAGUCACGUGCACAGGCACUAACCAGCGUCAUGUGUUCUGGAGAAUGCAUGGGACAUUCACGGUCGUGCACAAGUUGGAGCUCUGGCGAGAGGAGCAGCUCCCGUCAUCGUCAGCGUCUCCUACAGAGGUGUGGAAAAGCAUGUCGGGCAGGCGCUCGCACAGCAGGCAAAGGGAAGCAGACAAAAAAGAAACGUGCGCCCUUAUCCAGACCUGGCAGAGCUCCCGCAACACCAGUCACACAGGAAGCAGGAGGUCGUGGUCCAACAUUCUGUCACUUGUUCCCCAGGCACUGGAAAUAGCUGGGAUCGGUAGAGGGGUUAUGGCUGAAGUGAAGGGGAUUGAUGGCAGGUUGCGCCCCCCGUGUGUACUCGGCCCAUUUGAUCUGCACGUCUCUCUGGCUCAUACUGAAGCUUUCCACCGCAUACACGGAAAUGUGCUGUGAAGUAUGCACAUCAUUUUACAGAUUUGUAUUUGGGGAUGAAUGCUUUCCAUGCACUUGCAAAUGGGUGCACCUUUAGUUUAUCAAGCAAAGUCAGGUGUCAUAAAAGCACACGUUGAAUUCAUCUGGGUUCAGAUGUGCUCACAGAAUGUUUUAGUACGAUCCUUAUGUACAAUUAUACAGAUGUAUAGAUAGUAUAUUAGCCUGAUAGCAUAUAUUAUAACAUUUUAAAUGUAAUAUUAUUUUAUAUUAUAUUAUAAUAAUAUUGUGAAAGAUGUCAAAAUGACAAAGAAUAAAAAAAAGAAUAUAUAACAAAUUGUUUGUAAAAAUGCCUUACUAUAUUUUCCAGAAUAAGUAAUUCAUGUCAUGUCACAUAUGAGAAAGCUUAAUGAUGGGAUGUAUUUUUGAAUGUAUGUACGUUCUCUGAAAGUAGAAGUUUCUUUCAGAAGUUUUAUUCCAAACAAUAAACACACUGAACAGUA